GUACUGAAUAUGGGAACUUGAGUACUGAAGUUGUGAACUAAAGUUGCGAAGUACUGGCAAACGCGAAAGGUCUGUGUUGUAGGCAAGUAAAAGCUAAAUAAAUUGUUCACUGAUAAUGGCAGAUGAAUUGGAGGAGUUUCUUAAUAGUUUUAAGGAUAAAAUUGGGAAACAAAGUCAUGAAGUAAUAGAAAAAGCUUUGAAAGAAAAUGAAUUUUCUUCACGACUGUCGCUGAAAUUGUUAAGUAAUGAAAAUCUUGAUCAUCUUUUAAGGAAUACGAACUUGCCGCUUGGGGCAAGGAAAGUUUUAGAAUUUCAUCUCGAUUUGCUGCGGGAGCAGUCACCGUUAUUAAAACUUUCAAAAUCUCAAUCAAAAAGCUGUCUUGACGUGGAUGAAAAUCCAUCUGCUUCGUACGAGGAUACAAGUAUACCCGCUAAACGUUCAUUGGAAAAUCGGCGAAGGACAAUCGAAGACUCAAUUCAUCACAACAAACAAGAUUUGGAAGAGAUGAACGUGCAAUUAGAAUCAAUGAAUUUAAAUGUUCCUGAAUUACCAAUGAUUGGUAAUUACAAAGUCAUCUGCAGCAACUGCCACCACCGAGGUCACAGAAACACAAAAACUAAACCGUGUAUUCUUGAAAAAUGUUCCGCGUUUACUUAUUGUGAACUUAAAGACAAACAUCCCGAAUAUUCUGCGGACAUGAAUCGAUUGAAGUUUAAGAUAAAACAAAAACACGAGACUAUUAAGCAACUCCAAGAAGAAUUAAAUGGUGUUAAUAAUUUUCAAAGCCAGAGUGAGCACCAAUAG